AUGAACCUGAAGAUCACCACUUUUACGAGCAAGUGCCUGUACUGGAACACAGACGCAAAGAAAUGGAGCACUGAAGGCUGUAUGGUGGGGAAAGAAAGCACUCCGCACCGAACGCAGUGUCUCUGUAAUCACCUCACUAUCUUUGGGAGCUCCUUCUUUGUGAUGCCAAACUACGUCGACAUAUCCCGCACUGCAGAGCUGUUUGCCACUGUGAAUCAGAACUAUGUGGUGCUGGCCCUGCUGUGUGCAUUUUUCGGACUCUACCUGAUGACACUGCUGUGGGCCUGCUAUGCUGACCGGAGGGCACGCACAAGGAGAAAGAUGACACUCUUGGAGGACAAUCACCCAGCUGCACAGUACAGCUACCUGAUCGGCAUCCAAACUGGACGCCGCAGAAAUGCUGGGACCAGUGCCAAUGUCACAGUGAAGCUGAUUGGCUCAGAAGCAGAGAGUAACGUACACACUCUCACAGACCCAGAGAAGCCAGUGUUUGAGAGAGGAUCUGUUGAUUAUUUCGUGCUGACCACACCCUUCCCACUGGGUGAAGUGCAGACCAUCAGGCUGCAGCACGACAACUCUGGAGGUCAUCCAUCGUGGUACAUAAACAAAAUGACUGUACAGGACCUCCAAACGCGACACAUGUGGCACUUCUUUUGUGAAUGCUGGCUGAGUUCUGAGCGCGGAGACGGCAUGACCAAAAAAACCUUCAAUGCUGCAAAAGUCAACGAGGUUGCCAGCUUCAGGAACAUUUUCCAGACCAGGACAUCGACUGGUUUUAGAGACGAACACAUCUGGGUGUCCAUCGUGGAUCCUCCCUCACGCAGCCCGUUCACACGUGCCCAGAGGGUUUCUUGCUGCAUGUGCCUUCUGCUCUGUACCAUGGCCAUCAACAUCGCCUUCUGGAACAUCCCUGUGGAUCCAAACUCAACAGUACUCUUUUCAAUUGGUUCAAUAAAGAUGACCUGGCAGGACCUCAUGGUGGGCGUGCAGUGCGGUCUCCUCAUGUUCCCAAUCAACAUCCUCAUCAUCACAAUCUUUCGAAGCAUCAAACCUCGCAUAGUUCCAAAAUCUAAAAAAGCUGACCCUGAGGAGAACGUGAAACCCCCCAUACUCAACAUACCGACUGUGCUGAGGGUGCGUUACAUGUUUAUAUUUGUCAGAUGA